CCAGAAGGAUCUCAUUUUAGCAAAGCGCCAAGGGACAGCCCGUAAAAGAGGCAGCGGGGCGGAUAGAGCGAGCGAGCGAGCGAGCGCGGUUCAUGGAGACACUCGCUCGGCGCCUGGCCGGAGGAAUGUCAUGGUUUCCCUGUGAUUGGCUGGGGAAUGGAGGAGUCAGUUUUCACGGGGGUUGAUCAAAAAGUUUCCCUUUGCUUUCCAGAGUUGCUGUCUGAGCAGAGGCAUCGGGAAGAGGAGGCCGGUCGCUCCGACGUUCCUCAGGAAAGCUACUUAAAUGAAAUGAAAAGGCCUCUCUAUGCAAGGAUUUACAGCCGAGAAAAGACGCGGAGAAGCUGCUUUCCUUCCUUUUUCCCCCAACUCGCAGGGCAGCUGAUCAGCUCCCACUUCUGGCAUGCGUCUCACCUCUCAGGAUACGAUGUCACAGUAUUCUACUAACUUUCUCUUGCUUCCCAUACCCGAGUACCCCGUGCUAGACUGCGUGCCCAACAAAAUCAUCAAGCUCGUGGUACUGGGUGGCAGCAGCGUUGGUAAGACAGCCUUGGUUGUGCGCUUUCUCACAAAAAGAUUUAUUGGAGACUAUGAAGCCAAUACGGGUGCUUUGUAUUCAAGGAAGUUCACCAUAGAUGGGGAACAGAUCUCCCUACAGGUGCAGGACACACCGUUUGUUUCACUGGAGGACGACACAGACAACAUUUGCUGCCAGGAGCAGAUAAACCGCUCGAUCUACUGGGCAGAUGGUUUUGUAUUCGUCUACUCCAUCACAGACUAUGAGAGCUACCGAGUCAUCCGACCCCUGUACCAGCACAUCCGUAAGAUCCACCCGAAUGCUAACAUUCCCCUGCUCCUGAUGGCCAACAAAGGAGACCUUCUGCGAGCCAGGCAGGUGUCCUCCAAAGAAGGACUCCAACUGGCCAGUGAACUGGGGGGCACUUACUACGAGGUGUCAGCCCGGGAGAACUGUGAGGGUGUCCACGAAGCCUUCCAGCAGCUGUGCCAGGAGGUCAGCAGGAUGAUUGGGAGCUGCAAUGGAGAGAAGCGAAGAGGCCUCCACCUUGUCCGACCCAAGUCUCCAAACAUGCAGGACUUAAAGAGACGUUUGAAACAGGCUCUGACUUCCAAAGGGAAAUCUGCGACUACGCUUUGAUGUAACCAACAGAAAUUGUUUCCCACACCUCUGAAAAAAAAAGGCAAGAAAGCAAGCUUGUAUUAAGGAGCAGCUCCAAAAUUCAACAGUCAGGUUGUGCGAGAGGGUCUUUCAUUUUGUCUUUGCCUCUUCCUUAAAAAUCCGAUAUUCAUUCAGCAAAGAGACUUAUUGAAUGUGCUCUUCGGGGCAAGAAUUUAGAAACUGUGAUUUAAAAAAUAGAUUGUCCCAGCCUAUUUCCUUUUUAAAAGGGAUACAGUCAAAUAGCUUAGGCCUAAAUGUAGAUUUUAUUAAUAAAAAUAAUUAAAUCUUACUAUUAAGAGAAAUUACUUCUCUUGGGGAUGGGAGUAUUCCCAAACAUAGGUAAUGAGCCUUGGCAAGAGGCCAUGAGAAUGACAUGAGCUAUCCUGGGCAAGCAAAACUUGUAAGAUCUACUUAGUUGGCCCAAGACUGGAAAAAUAAAGGCAAAAAGAAAAUGAAUAGGAUAACUAGUGAAAACUAAUAAUAAUUAAAAGACAGCUUUUAAAUUGUAGUUUAGAAAGUGUUCUCAGCAAUAUGGCGAGAGAUUUGUUUAUAUGCAAGCUUUAGCCUUACAGUGUCUCUUUAAAGGCAGAUUUGGAAAAAAUCACUGUUUGCUUACAUUAUUUUCCCUUAAACCCCUACGAGCUAUUACUGAAAACAACUGGAGGGUAAGACAUAUACUUUAGCAGCAUUUUGUAGGUGGUUUCUUUAUGAUCUGCCUCUCAUUUUUCUGUAGGUUUCCUGCAUGGCAGUGAAAGAGGAAAAAAUAGAACAGCAUCACUGUAAAACUUGCAAAAAAAUAGACUGUACUGAUCAAGAGCAGGGAGGUGACCUGAAACUAUUUAGCUUUUUUUCCCAAACUAUCUAGACUUCAACUACAAGAUGCUGCAUGUAAGAAACAAAGCCUUCACACAAAGUUGAUUUAACUCAUUAGAUCUUUCUUUUUAAAGAAAGAAAAGUUUUAUGAAACCUGAAAUUCCUGCCUUCAAGAAUUUAUCAUUUUGUUAUUUGCCCUACGACCAGACUUUACUUAGUACCUCGCAAUUCAUCCAAAUGACCCAUCUGUCAAUAUAUAUUUCACUGGCAGCAUCUCGCUGCAUUGGGUCUCAGCAUGUACAAACAACGGUAUUUGAAACCAUAUCCUGUGAUCUGGCCAAAUUUAUGGCAGCAAUAACACCACCACGAAGCAGCUGUCAUUCUGUUCUUAAUGAGAGUGGAAGGGAACUGGGCUGGACCAUGCAAAAGUCAUGAUGCAGCAAUUUUUCUUUGAACAAACCAUCCCAGAAAUUCACAGGACCAUGGAAUAAAGUAAAGCUCAGUGAUUUGCGCUGAGGAACACAGCAGGGAAAAUCCGAGUGUGAUGGAUAUAGAAAAACACUCUCAGCUGUGGUUUCAGAGAGCAAUACGGAGCUAAAUCAACCUUUUACUCAUCAUGAGCAGCAAAUAUGUAAACUGAGUCUGAUGAGUAUUUAUAUAGCUCAGGGCUUGAAAAUUUAUUUUAAAUUUUUCUUGUCCCUGCUUUAGACCAGUCUACUCAGGAUUUUCCUUAUCACCUGGAUUUGCUUUAUCUACAGCUCGCUUUCUGUUUUAUUUAUUGUUUUCCACAGCUGGUCAUCUGAGAAAAUCUUGCGUUCUGAUUAAUUUAAAUUCUUCUGUUCACAUAAAAAAACUGCACAUUCUUUAAAGUUAUUUUCAAGUGGCAAUAGCAGGGAAAGAGAAAAUCAGAUCACCCAUACUGGGACUAUAAACAAUAUCACAGGAUUUCUACUUUAGCUUACGGUUUAUUAGCAAUUUGAUAUUUGAGCAGUGUCAUUAUUCAUUGCUGGCACUUCAGUAUUGCAUUUACUAGCACAGUAUUUCAGUAUUUUAAAUAACUAAUAACAUGGUUCAAAUAUUGAAUCUUUAGCAUGAAAGAGAGCAAACAGUUUAAAAGAGACACACAAACUGAAAUGUGUUCAUAUGAAAAAAAUUAUCACCAGUUUUGAAUAGCAACUAAAUAUUUUUCCAUUCUACUACUGUACAAUACAGGCUAAAUCUGCUGAAGACAACAUGCUGACAAGAUUUAUUUUCAAAAGAGCCUAAGAGAACUAAGUGCUCGAUCCUACUAAAUAUGGUUGUAACUUACUGUUUCAGCUCUAAUCCUUUCUUAUUGGCGAAGAAAGUUUAAAAAUUUUCAAAAUUGUCAAUGUUCUAUUUUCAGUAGUGAUUAAUAAAAAAAAAUGCAAGG